CCGUGUGGUUCUCGGAGGCUGUUUCAACAAAGCUCCGGCCGUCAUUCAGUGGCGCGCCUCGCCGUUUCCACCUCCCUUCCCCGCCCAGUGCCAGGCGGAUGGACGGUUCUAACCAAUGGCGGAGCUUCAGUACAGUUACGUCCGUAGAGAUGACGUCACUGUGCAGGAACCUGGCUGUGCUUCUCCUUUUUCUGAGUGCCUCACCUCUCCACCAAUCCCACCUCUCCACCCAUGCUGCCUCUACAAUCCCUCCCGCCACUCGACCUCCGAUCAUAUUCAUGACUGCUGAUGAUGAUGAUGAUGAUGAUGAUGAUGACUAUCACGGUGACAAUUACAGCUCUCCUCCUGAAGUCGUGCACGUCGUGAGGACUACCUUGCUCCAACGGAAGGCGCAGCCCUGCCAAUACAACCCCUGCUUGGAGAAUCAGGAGCCCUGCAAACAGAUUUCAGCAAAGACUGGGUGUCUCUGUCCUGGAGUCAGUGGGGUUGAUGAGCCUCCUCAUGCACCAAUCAUCCAAGCGCUGCAGCCAAUCAGUGAAGGAGAUGACAGAGGGAAGAUCGAGGUCCAAUGGUGUGCUCCAUCUUCUGUGGUGUCUGGGUACAGAGUGGUGAUAGAGGGAAGUGAAGCCCUGGAGUUUGGGGAGGGUUCACGACGAGGUUUGGUCGGAUCUUUGGAAGUUGGGACUAAGGUGUGUGUGGAGGCGUGGAACAGUGCAGGACACAGGCCCUCCUCGGAGUUCUCCUGUAAGCGGUAUACUCCUCCUGAAUCUUCUGAGCAUAAACUGUUGGCUGGGGUUAUAGGAGGAGGGGUGGCCCUCCUACUUCUCAUCAUAGCAGUUGUGAUCCUUUGUAACCAUCAAAUGCGUAAAAAGGCAAAGAAAGACUCCGCUGAUGGACUAGGGAACCCUUCUUACACAGUGGGGACUAUGUGAUCCAGAUUAGUUUAGCACUGACAAUCCAUUCCAGUCACACUGAACAGCAACACUGUAAUCAAGAACAAAAGACAAACAGUUCUGGUUCUCAUUAUGAUGAUUAUAGAAUUAAGAAGUUGUUUACACUCCUGUUUCAAGGAAUGUGUAAACAUAUCGGGGUAAAGAGGAGUGGUGUUCAUGGAAUAACUAAUCAAUGGGUCAUUCUGUUACUUUGUGGUUAGAACUACGGGUUUAUUUGCUGGCAAGUUAACCUUUGUAGGUUUAAUGUAGUGUUAUUUUAUCUUUUCAUGGUUAAAUUUAAUUGUAAAUAUUUUUUCAGGAUAUAGAUACUGACUUUUGUAAUAAACUAAAACUUAUUUCAUAAAAACUGUAAAUGGUGUUUGUUAAAUAUUUGCUUUUAUCUGAAAGGUUUAGGCCUACGUGUUGUAACAUAAACCAGGGAGACAAAUUAAUGAAGGUUGGUAGGUGUACGGCACGCUUUAAUGUGCCUUGGCAUUGAUUCUCUGAAGCUUAACUGGAGGGACUGAACAACGGUCAGUCCAAAAUGUCCCAUGCUUGGUUUGAGAUCUGUUGACUGCAGAGUCCAUUGCAUAUGAUUGUCACAUUUUUUUUUACAUUAAAACAUUCAUUGACCCCUUGUACGCUG